AUGCUCAGAUCAAACGCUGCUUUGUCGGAUACCCACACUAGGGAUAUCUUACUUAGCUUUAAGGGCAAAGUCUACACUACCUCCGCCACCACCACCAUUAGUCUACAGAAUCAAAGAAAGAACUGCAUAAGGACAUUUUGCUUGACAAAUUAUUUGCCAAUCAUCCUUCAGGAUGUACUGUGCUCUGGUUUAAGAGUCGUACUUCAGAGAUCUGGUUGGACACAGGACCAACUACACGAGAAUCUUAGUCGUUAUGAGUAUGUUUUACUCAUAGAUUUGUUGAAGAAAAAGCGCAAACUCGACCUGUUCGUAAAAGAUAAGCUGGAGCCACCAACUUAA